UUUUUCCAUUUUAUUUCAUUAUAUUCAGUCCUUUUUCCAUUUUUUUUCUCUUUUUAUUUCAUUUUAUAAAAAUUAAAUGAAUCACUCUGCUUUUCCCCUGUUUUUGGCUCAAAUUUAGUUUGGCCAUUGCAUGGCUUCCACUAAGUUGAUGAUCAGCUUUCUCACAGAAUCUAUCUCAGAUAUUAUAAUAAAGUUAAAAUUAAUGUUGGAAAAAACCAAUGAUUUUUUUCUGCCAAAAAUUCAGAGCUUUUUCCUUUUUUUAAUUGUUGUCUGAGAAUUAUUGGAAGAACAAGAAAUGGCAGGUCGUUUGACACGAGUUCCAAGCCUUAAGGAGCGUUUGGAUGAAACUCUUGUUGCUCAACGCAAUGAAAUUCUCUCCUACUUGUCCAAGAUGGUGAGUCAUGGGAAAGGAAUCUUGCAAACCCAUGAAUUGUUAUCCGAUUUUGAAGCUCUUUCAGAAAAAAAUAAGCUUGCUGAUGGCCCUUUUGGUGAAGUUUUUAGGCACACUCAGGAAGCAAUUGUGUUGCCACCAUGGAUCACCCUUGCUGUUCGUCCGAGGCCCGGUGUAUGGGAGUACAUUCGUGUCAAUGUCGAUGAACUUGCUGUCGAGGAAUUGACCCCCUCCCAGUUCCUCCAUGUGAAGGAGGAAUUAGUUGAUGGAAGUACUAAUGGAAACUUUGUGCUCGAGCUCGAUUUUGAGCCCUUCAAUACCUCGAUCCCCCGCCCUACACUCUCCAAAUCAAUCGGAAAUGGCGUGGAGUUCCUUAACAGACACCUUUCUGCUAAGAUGUUCCACGACAAGGAGAGUAUGCGCCCAUUGCUCGACUUCCUCAGAGUGCACCACUACAAGGGAAAGACCAUGAUGCUGAAUGACAGAAUCCAAAACCUUGAUUCACUCCAAAGUGUUUUAAGAAAGGCAGAGGAUUUCCUGGCUACACUUCCUGCUGACACACCCUACUCUGAGUUUGAUCAUAAGUUCCAGGAAAUCGGUUUGGAGAGAGGUUGGGGUGACAAUGCCGAGAGAGUGAUGGAUAUGAUACAGCUCCUUCUUGACCUUCUCGAGGCUCCCGAUUCUUGCACCCUCGAGAAAUUCCUCGGUCGGAUUCCGAUGGUUUUCAAUGUCGUGAUCCUCUCGCCUCAUGGUUACUUUGCUCAAGCCAACGUCCUUGGUUAUCCUGACACCGGUGGCCAGGUUGUGUAUAUCCUUGAUCAAGUUCGUGCUUUGGAGAAUGAGAUGCUUCAACGCAUCAAGCGACAAGGGCUGGACAUCGUCCCUCGCAUCCUUAUCAUAUCUCGUCUGCUCCCUGAUGCAGUGGGGACCACCUGUGGCCAGCGUCUCGAGAAGGUCUUUGGAACUGAACACUCACACAUUCUUCGUGUACCCUUCAGAACCGAGAAGGGAAUCGUCAGAAGAUGGAUUUCCCGGUUUGAAGUCUGGCCGUACCUCGAGACUUACACUGAGGAUGUUGCAAACGAAAUUGCUGGAGAAUUACAGGCCAAGCCUGAUCUGAUCAUUGGAAAUUACAGUGAUGGUAACAUUGUUGCCUCUUUGUUAGCCCACAAACUCGGAGUUACACAAUGUACGAUUGCUCAUGCUCUUGAGAAGACCAAGUACCCAAACUCUGACAUCUACUGGAAGUCGUUCGAGGAGAAGUACCACUUCUCUUGUCAGUUCACUGCUGAUCUAAUUGCCAUGAACCACACUGACUUUAUUAUUACCAGUACAUUCCAAGAGAUUGCCGGAAACAAGGACACCGUUGGGCAAUACGAGUCUCAUAUGGCUUUCACUCUCCCAGGCCUCUACCGAGUUGUUCAUGGAAUUGACGUCUUUGACCCCAAAUUCAACAUUGUCUCUCCUGGAGCGGAUCUCUCAAUUUACUUCCCUUACACUGAAGAGAAGAAAAGACUCACAGCGCUCCAUACAGAAAUCGAAGAGCUUUUGUACAGUGAUGUUCAGAACGAAGAACACAUAUGUGUUAUCAAGGACCGGAACAAGCCAAUCAUAUUCUCGAUGGCUAGGCUAGACCGAGUAAAGAACAUGACCGGGCUUGUCGAGUGGUAUGGUAAGAACAAGAAACUCCGAGAGCUAGUGAACCUCGUGGUAGUUGCUGGUGACAGGAGGAAGGAGUCUAAGGACAUAGAAGAGAAGGAAGAGAUGAAGAAGAUGCACGAGCUUAUCGAGGAGUAUAACUUGAACGGGCAGUUUAGGUGGAUCUCGGCCCAAAUGAACCGGGUCAGGAACGGUGAGCUGUACAGGUACAUUGCAGACACCAGGGGAGCAUUUGUUCAGCCCGCUAAAUACGAGGCUUUCGGACUCACGGUCGUUGAAGCCAUGACAUGCGGGCUUCCCACGUUCGCUACUUGCCAUGGUGGGCCCGCUGAGAUCAUUGUUAACGGUGUGUCGGGCUACCACAUUGACCCGUACCACGGGGACAAAGCGGCUGAGCUCCUUGUCGAAUUCUUCGAGAAGUCUACUGCUGAUCCUUCUCACUGGGAGAUUAUUUCUAAGGGUGGAUUGAAACGAAUCGAGGAGAAAUACACAUGGAAGAUUUAUUCCGACAGGCUGCUAACUCUUGCUGGUGUUUACGGGUUUUGGAAGUACGUCUCAAACCUUGACCGCCGUGAGGCUCGUCGUUACCUCGAAAUGUUCUACGCCCUCAAGUACAAAAAGCUCGCCGAGUCAGUACCUUUGCUUGUCGAAGAAUGAAAUGAAGACGAGAAGCUGCAUGGAAGAGUGAUGGAGUUCCUCUGCGUGCUUGUUGAAAAUAACUCAAAAUUCUUUGAGAUUGUAGUAAAAAAAAAAGAAGAAAUGGAAGUCCUUUAGAUGGACUUCCAUUCUAUGUUAUUUUCUUUUUCUCUAUAUUCAUGUGCAUUUCAAAUUGCUCUUUGCGGCAUUGUUGUUUUCAAUUUGUGGAGGGAACCUUUUGUGUUCCGAUUUGUAAUGAAAAAAAGGUUCAUUUUCUA